AAUUUAUUUCAUAUUUUUUAGAAUUCACCCCAACUCCCUUGCUUGGUUCUAGUUGUUGGCAUCCAGUUAUGUGGAAAGAUCCACCUAAACCACCACAACCCAAAAAAAAGAAAACUAAAACCAUAACCGAUGAGGAAGGCAAUGAAGUUGUAAUCGAAUUGAGUGAAGAUGAAUCUUCUGAUGAGGAAGAGGAGAAAGAGUUGCCACACUAUCGUAUUAUACGCAACAUAAGACGUUUCUUUACGGAAGUGGGUGAAAAUCAAGAACUUAAGAAUCGCGUUAUUGAAGACAUGCUACUGGCUCUUCCAAGUGCUUCUAAGAUGCAAAAAAAUUAAAAGCAGCAAAGUUUUGCAAUAUAAAAUAAACUCUAAUUAUUAACAAAUUAAAUGUAAAA